AUGGCACAAGAAAUGUCACCACAAAAGGAGGAAGCUCAAAACCAACCAAAGCGAAGAUUCAAAAUGAUGGCUCAAAAGAGUAAAUCGAAGCCAAAGCCAAAGCCAAACUAUGAUCGGAAAGCAAAGCACCCAGAUUAUGUCCAAUUUCGGUGCAAUGUCAACGCUUUCAACAGCAUCAUUACGGAUGUAAAAGACAAGCUGAAUGAAAGGCAGAAGAAGCUUCUCAAGAACACCCCAUUUUGGAACUUGAUUGAGGUGUUUUACAACCGAAGGAUUGACAUGAAUAACAUGAAUAAGUCAGACCUUGACUUAGUUCAGCUGCUCAAGAAGUUUGAUCCGGAUACAAAGUCCUUCAAAUUUGGCACCGAAGCAUUCAAGAUCACAGGCAAUGCAGUGACUCAGAUUCUAGGACUGCCAAAUGAAGGAAAAUCUGUCAAACUUGUCAAUGAUAGGUACACUUCUACCUUCAAAAUAAGGCACUUUGGAGAAAAGGGAAAACCAUCAAAAAAUCAGGUAGAAGCAGAAUUACUGAAGACAAUUUCAUUGGCAAACCAACCGAAGAAAGAAAAGGCCAAGGCAGAGCAAAAGAAAGAAGCUGAAGAAGAAGAAGAAGAAGAAGUUGACUACGACAAGGAGGUGGUCAGCAUAAUAUUGAUUCACCUAUGCAUGACAUUCCUUUUUGCCAACGCUUCGUCUACUUUGCAUUGGAAAGUAUUUGAGCACUGUGUGAAUCUGGACACACUUUCAAGCUAUUCUUGGGCAAGUGCUGUUUCAGCCUACAUGAAUGAAUCCUUGGUCGCAAAAGCAAAAGCAAAAGCAAAGAAGGGAGGAGAAGGCUCUAUAGGAGCUGUUUCGGGUUGCAUUAUCCUAAUAUUGUUUCUACUGUGUGAGAGGACAAACAUAAUACAACCAAUCCUGGGCAAAGAGAAAGAAACUCCUGCCAUUCUUAAAUGGAGUCUUGUGGAACUCCACACAAGAUUCAACCAAAUAAAGGACUUGAAUGACAUCGAGGGUAUUUUCAAAACUCCUAAAAAGCGAAAAACUACCAGGGAAGAGGAAGACACUGUUGACAAGGGUAUUCUGCAAAAUCCAUAUCAGUUUCCAUUUGAGGAUGACACAGAAUGUGCUCAACAAAAUUCAUCUUCGUUGGAUUGCGGCAUGUUCGUCAUGUUCUACAUGGAUAAAAUAGCACAAGGACAGCCCAUUCCAAAAAGUGUGGACAAGAAAUUCAUGAAUGAAUAUCGAGCACAAUAUGUCACAAAACUCCUACACCACAAACACUGUGUAAUUAAUCGUCUCUAG